UUCAGUUGAAGCGUCUAUGGAAUAGCCAGGGGAAACCCAGCUCAAGCAGAUUGGAUAUUAAAGAGAGAAGAGAUCAGAUCUUCACUCACACACACAUACCUGCUGAGAACAUGAAGAGAAGUUGCGUGUUUCUGCUCCUGGGCUUGAUCCUGAUCAUGGCACUCUGCUCAGAUGCUAACCUCCCUGAACACCAUUCUGUCUCGUGCUGUUUCAAAUUCUUCCGUGGAAAAAUUCCUCCUCAAAACAUUGUGAAGGUGAAAAAGACAGACUCACCCUGUACAAUGAGCGGCUUCAUUGUUACGACGACUAGGUUCCACAGUCUGUGUGUUCGUGAAGACCCCAGAAAAAAUCAUCGGCUGUAAUUCUACAGCUUUGAUGGGAAAGAAAUGCAAAUCUAAUAAGCUUUAUGUAACCAUUCAUGCAAGAUAUUUAUGUAAUUCACCUUAUUUUAUUUUCUCACUGUGAAGUUUCAAUUCAAUGUUAUUUAAUAUUUUGAAUAAAAAAAUACAUAAAAUGCA